AUGCUUAGAAAUAUUUUAUUUCAAAGGUUCCCAUUAAUUUAUUUUCCCAAAGAAUACGUUGCACAUAAACUAAACGCAAACAUCUUAAAACAUGAAUUUCAUAGUCAUAGAUGUCUAUCAAUAUCAAGUAUUAAUUAUAAAAAAAGAAAAUCUCCAGAAGAAAAGGCUAUUGAAAAUCAAGGCAAGAGAGUGAUUCGAUAUGCACCUAAAGCAGGAUCAGAAGUAGUUGGUAUAUGGCGAAACAUGACAGUAUUAGAUAUAGCAAAUGUUUUGAAAAAAGAUGUAGAUCAUGUCUUCAGAGCAUUGGAAUUUGCUGAUAAAAAUUCUGAUACAGUAUAUAAAAAAGAUACAGUGAUCCAUAAUCCUCAAAUAAUAAGGGAUGUGGUCAAAAUAUCUGGGUGUCGAUUCAAAAUUGUUCCAAGACCUGAUGCUGAAGUUAAAGAAGAUGAAAACAAAGACGCAGUGCCCGCGCCCCCGGCGCAGCCCGAGGCGCUGCGCCCCCGACCUCCGGUGGUGUGCGUGAUGGGUCACGUGGACCACGGCAAGACCACCUUGCUAGACGCUUUGCGAGACACAUCCGUCGUGGAUACCGAAUUUGGAGGAAUAACACAGCAUAUUGGUGCUUUUGAAGUAAAACUAUCGUCGGGGGAAAAGGUAACGUUCCUAGACACGCCGGGUCACGCCGCCUUCACAGCGAUGAGAUCCCGCGGAGCGCGCGCUACGGACAUCGUGGUGCUGGUGGUGGCGGCUGACGACGGCGUCAUGGAGCAGACCCUCGAGAGCAUUCGCAUGGCGAGGGAAGCUGAUGUUCCAAUACUGGUUGCCAUCAACAAGAUCGACAAGCCAGGUGUGAACAUUGAUAAGACAUUGCGUUCCCUCGCCCAGCACGGGAUAGUGUGUGAGGCAGUCGGUGGCGACGUGCAGGCUAUCCCGGUGUCAGCUCUAAAGAAACUGCAUUUAGACACUUUGGUAGAAGCCCUGACAUUGCAGGCUCAGCUCAUGGAACUGAAGGCCGAUCCCGGGGGAUAUGUGGAAGGCGUGGUUAUUGAGGCAUUGAUGGACCCUCGCACUGGUAAACAAGCCACAGUGCUAGUGCAACGCGGGACGUUACGGAAAGGAGCAGUCAUCGUUGCUGGGAAUGCUUGGGCGAAGACAAGGGUGUUGAAAACAGCAGAGGGACUGUCAAUAGAAGAGGCUCCGCCGUCGACCCCGGUGUCGGUGCUGGGCUGGCGCGAGCUGCCCGCCGCCGGGGACCGCGUGUUGGAGGUGGAAAGUGAGAAACGUGCAAACGAAGUGAUGCGAUGGCGUCACAGCCAGCGUAUGAAGGAGAAGCAGGCGGUGGACCAGGAGGCCAUCGCCGCCAAGGAGUUGGACCACAGGGCCCAGUACAAGGAAACCUUGGCCCACAAGAGGGCGAUCGGCAGGAUGCGGCUCAAACCCACGGGACCGAGGCAGAAGAUGAUACAGCACGAUGACCAUCCUACACUUAGCGUUCUGGUGAAAGGUGACGUAGAUGGGUCGGUGGAGGCCAUUUUGGAUAUAUUAGAGACGUACGACGAACAGGACCGAGUGAAGCUCGAGCUCGUUCACUUCGGCGUAGGCCAGAUCUCGCCUAACGAUUUGGAGAUAGCACAAGCCUUCAAUGCAAUAAUAUACGCAUUCAAUGUAGAGUGUCCGCCCGCGCUCGCGGUCGAGGCUAAGAAUCAGGGCGUGUCUGUGAGAAGGCACAAUGUUAUAUACAAGCUGGUGGACGACAUACGAGCGGAGAUCAGCUCGCGAAUACCCAUGAGACAAGAGGAAGAGGUUCUGGGCGAGGCGAACGUGCUGCAGCAGUUCCAGGUGUCGGAGGGCAAGAGGAAGGUGCCGGUGGCGGGCUGCCGCUGCGUGAAAGGCUCGCUUGCACGCGCUGCGCUUUACCGCCUCGUGCGAGGACAGCAGGUCAUAUACGAAGGUAAGCUAGCAUCAAUGAAGCAUCUCAAAGACGAAGUGACAACAAUAAAGCGGGACAUGGAGUGCGGCCUUCGCUUCGAGGACCCGACAAUCGCCGUGGAGCCCGGCGAUACCGUCGUGUGCUACAAGCUGGUGGACGUCAGCGACUCCACCACCUGGGACCCUGGCUUC